AAGCAAGAGAAUUUUUAGGAGACACUAAAACCAGAGUCCUAUUUCUUCCUUUUUGUAGCAGUUCUAUUUGUAUAAAGAUGAACUGAUAAAAGGAGAAAAUGAACUUCAACAGAAUGCCCCUGCAUCCCCAAUUCCCCUCUCCCUCACACCUACCCCCUAAUGCAGGCCCUCCGCCCAUGCCACCCAACCCAGGACACCCAGGACACAUACCCCAGGGCAUGCCCCCACCCCCACACUUACCACAGCACAUGGCUCAUGGAGGAGGACAUAGUGGGCCUGACCUUGGGAGAAAUGAUGGCAUGAUGAUGCAAGGACAUUAUACGAACCAGGAUGUAUAUUCAGGUGGAGGGGAUCCAAACCAAGAUUUCAUGGAGAUGAAUAAUAUCCUGGUAGAUGGUGGAGAUAGGUUUGGUGUGUCCACUCUCUGCUAUGAUACUCAGGAGUUACUCUGGAUGGGAAAUCAGGGGGGACAUGUGACUUCAUACUUUGGAUUAGAAUUACAGAAGUACACGUCCUUCCAAGUUCAUGUGAAUGAAGAUGUUAGACAGAUUGUACCUCUGGCCAGAGGAGUUCUCUCUCUUACUCAGAGCAGUCUAGCUUGUAACAAUAGGAGGGGGGUCCCCUUAUUCACUUACAGAGGUCCUACGAUGCACAACAUGCAGUGUAUGAUGAUGACAGGACCAUCCACAGUGAUCAUUGGGGGUCAUCAGACAAAGGUCAUAGAGAUAGAGGUGGAACACAAGGAGGUCAUUCGAGAGGUGGAUAUCCCUGAGCCUGGUUGUGCUAUAUUAAGAGGCACCAACAAAUACAUCUGUGCUGGUGAUACUGCAGGAAAGGUAACCUUAUUUGACCACUCCACCAUGAAGGCCGAGCACGUUCUGGACGCCCACACCGGUACACUGUCAGACUUUGACAUACAGGGCAAUCUUCUGGUCACAUGUGGUUUUUCAACAAGACAUAGUAAUUUGACGGCGGACAGAUUUCUGAUGGUGUAUGAUCUGAGAGUUAUGAGAGCUAUGGCCCCUAUACAGGUCAUCAUUGAUCCAAUGUUCCUACGAUUUGUGUCCACUUACACCAACAAAAUGGUCAUCACUUCACAGGCAGGCCAGUUUCAGAUCAUAGAAACAACAGCAAUGACGCCGUCUUCAAUGAAUGUCUACCCUAUCAACACCCAUGGUAGUCCACUGCUCAGCUUUGACAUCUCAAACAGCUGUCAGGCUCUUGCUUUCGGAGACUCGGGAGGCUAUUUGCAUCUGUUUGCCCUUGGGGAGCACCCUUGCUACAACCAGUAUCCAGAGCAGACGGAGUUCCCUGAUCCUAUUGACCCAAUUCAGCCUAUUCAUAUCACAGAUGAAUACACACCAUACUCCAUCAUCCCAAUGAUGUACCCCACCAAUGGAACCCUGCUCUCUGAUUGGCCAGACUAUCUGUCUCAGAGAACGUAUAGGAAACCCAAGCCCCUUGAUGCAGAUAUAUUACGGUCCAUGAAGAUGCAGCACAAUGUAGGGUAUGCCCAAAAUCCAGGGAAAGAGAAACGGAAUCAGAUCCCUUAUGUACAGGUUAAUGAAAAAUCAAAGAAAGGAAAAGGUGCUGUACCUGAAUCUCCAAUUGGUAGAAUGGAUGACCCUUUUAUCAAAGUACCUAAGCGAUUCAGAAAAGUGGAUCUCAAGUACUCCAAGCUGGGACUAGAGGACUUUGAUUUCAGACACUAUAACAAGACACAUUUUGCUGGUUUGGAGACCGACAUACCUAAUGCUUAUUGUAACUGCAUGCUUCAGGUGCUCUACUUUAUUGAGCCCCUUCGCUGUGCCCUUCUGAGCCACUUGUGUGAGCGGGAAUUCUGUUUGGCCUGUGAGCUGGGUUUCUUAUUUCACAUGCUGGACAACCAGAAAGGACAGACAUGUCAGGCCAGUAACUUUCUGAGAGCCUUCCGUACUAUUCCUGAAGCCUCUGCCUUGAGCCUCGUAUUAGCAGAGAACGAGGAGAAUGACCCGAGAAUUAACUUGUCUCGUCUGAUUCAGAGCUGGCAAAGAUUUCUGUAUCAACAAGUUCAUGCAGAACUCUGUAACAAGAGCCAGCCUGUAAAAGAAGCUAAAUCCGAGGAGAAUUUAAACAAGUCUUCUGAAAGUUUGGCUAAAUCAGAUGAAAACCUGUCUGAACAACUAUCAGAGGUUAGUCUAAAAACAGAGGAAGUAUCAGAGGUUAGCCUAAAAACAGAGGAAGAGGCCUCCAAGCCUGAGGAAAAAUCUGUGGAAACCACACCCCCCAAGUCCAAGAAAAAAAAAAAGAAGAAGGGGAAAAAGAAGGGGAAAGAGCAUCCUGAGGAGGAAAAAACGGAGAAAGAGAACGAGGGGGACAAGGGGUCAGAGACCGCUGAGGAUGAGGGUAAAGAGGGGGACAAGCUCGAGGAAGGAGGAACAGAUGUUCCUCCAGCUGAAAAAGUUGAGGAAAAGUCAGCAAUAUCUGAAAUCUUGGGAUUCAAGAUUGUCACAACUCUGAGGUGUCGUUGUGGACAGGAGACCCAAAGGCAGUCCGAUACCAACAUCAUAAACCUCAGCUACCCCGACUGUAACCCACCAGGCAACAAUAGACCCCCCUUUGAAGUUCCUUUCUGUGAUGUUCUCAAAAAUACACUGACGGCAGAACAAAACAUGCAGACCUGGUGUAAUGUGUGCGACCGAUAUCAACCACAUACCCAGAUCAAAACCAUGCAGAACAUACCUGAUGUGGUGGCAGUCAAUUGUCAUAUAGAGAAUGCUCGAGAUUACGAGUUCUGGAAAAUGCAGCACAUGAUUUUAAAACAGCGUAAGGAAGAGUUUAAUGAAUCAUCGUCUCAAACAAACUUUAUGAAUGCCCCAGGAGGUAACCCUGUCAUGUGCCGCUAUGGCAACGCCUGCCGGAGAGGUGGAUGUAAAUUCAGACAUGAGAGAGACAUGCUUGACCCUGCCGCACACAACUAUGAUGAGGACAUUGACUGUCAGUGGAUUCCAUUAGGUUUAAUGAUGGAUCUCCAUCCAGAUGGAACACUCAUUGUAGAGGAAUACCCAGAUGAUCAACCAGUCCCACGAGAUGCUCCCCUGACGAGGAGGUAUUAUGAGAUCCUGGCUGUUAUUUACCACAUUAGAGAUGAGAAGACUGCUGGCAACCUAGUGACCUGUAUCAACGUUGGAGAAACGUACCACCAAAGAAAGGAGAAUGUGACUUGCACACAGUGGUACUUGUUCAAUGACUUCUCCAUCUUACCCAUAGAAAAGCAUGAAGCAUGUGCUGUCAAUAUGGACUGGAAGGUUCCUUGUACGAUUUACUUCAAGAGAAGACAGCUAACCAAAUUUCAUGACCUCACAGUGACAAAUCCUAUCACCAUGGAUGUUCUGCGAGAAGACUUUGGAUUGGUCAAUCCAGCCAACAGGAAGGUGACCUUUGAACCCCUUUCUGAGGAUGAACUCCCACAGAAAGGAGAUGUGGUAGCCCUGGAUGCUGAAUUUGUCUCACUUAAUCAGGAAGAGUCAGAAUUACGUAGUGAUGGAACCCGCUCCAUGAUUAAACCUUCUCAUCUCACAUGUGCAAGGAUGACGUGUCUCAGAGGUAAAGGGGAGAAAAAGGGAAUACCAUUCAUUGAUGACUACAUAUCAACCCAAGAACAGGUGGUAGACUAUUUGACUCAGUGGUCUGGGAUAAGUCCAGGUGACCUGAAUCCAGAGCUGUCCAGUAAACAUCUGACCACACUUAAAUCCACCUACGUUAAACUUCGCUAUCUGGUAGACAUGAAAGUAGUGUUUGUGGGACAUGGUCUGAAGAAGGAUUUCAGAGUUAUCAACAUCACUGUUCCUAAGGACCAGAUUGUGGAUACUGUGCAACUUUUUUAUAUACCAAGACAAAGAAUGAUCUCAUUGAAAUAUCUAGCAUGGUAUUUUCUCAAAACGACAAUACAAUCAUCUACCCAUGACUCUGUAGAAGAUGCAAACACAGCCCUACAGCUGUAUGACAAAUACCAAGAAGUAGCCAGUGAGGGCAGCGACAAAAUAAGGGCAGUUAUCAAGGAAAUGUACGACAUCGGCCGAAGAGACCAAUGGAAGAUCCCAGAUGUGGAGGACACAGAAAAUCCCCUAGACAUGCUCCAAUUCCCAGGAAACAACAACCAAUAGAUAAUCAGUUGUCUGUCAUGGUCGAGUUCACACUGAGUAAAUCUCACAAUUAAGAUUUUAAGUUAAAUAUAACGUGUUACUCAUGUACAUGAAUGUUUCCUUGUAGAGUGUAUUUGAUUUUCUGUUUUUACUGAAUUAACCUGAGAUUUUGGUUCUCUUUUAAAGAUUUUAAAACUUGGUUGUUCUUGUGUGCCAAGUUUAGGAAUAUGUUGUUAGAAAAAUAUAAUACUUUUACUCCAAUUAGUUUUGAUAUAUAUAUAUUUUGAAUUGUCUAAUGUGUAAUAAAUUGUAAAAUAAAUAAAGAUG